AUGUACUUCCUUCCUUUGUUUCUUACUCUCUUCGCCUUCCCAGUUCUCAUCUUAGCUGGUGGUACUAUCACCUCGCCGGUCAAUGGGACGGUCAUCCUGCCCGGGCAAAGCUUUGCCUUCUCGUACGAUCCCAUGGCGGACUACAGCGUGUCCACCUACAACUAUACCGUCUUCCUCCUUACGAAGCUCCCCACCUCUCUUUACUCAUCUAAUGAGUGGUCCAGCGGACACUAUUUCGGUCGUUUCGAUUACCCUAACUACCCAGCCGUUCCGUACCCCACCCAUCCUGCUCCAGCUAAUCUAACCAUGCCGGACUUUUCGCAGCGCGUUGGGAGUGGGUUUGGUGGCGGCAUCAACAUUAGCGACGCUAAAGUUUAUUUGGCGGUCUUGGAGGAAUGGGCUACCGGAUCGGACAACUUCGGAUUGACAGUGAGCCUGGCAAUCAACGAACUCAUUUACAAUGGCACGACGUCGGGUUAAGGUCCAUUCAAUGAAUAUUUCGAAAUCUCUACUAUAAUGUACACUGUAUUCACAUUUAACGUAUUAUGGCUUUUAAUUUUUAAAAUGACGAAUGGUAAAUAUCACGAAGGAGCGUAUAAGUAGUACAAUAUUAGAAGAUUUUUCUUCACUUUAUCCCAUUUCCUCAGACGUACUCUCUUUGCAGAUAUGCAGGACUUCUGGGAUCGGGAUCGACGCGUAUCAUACGCGAAUUGCUGGGCGAACACUCUUCGUCGGCCUUACCCCCAAUCACAUGAAACAACGCCCCCAUUCCUCCGUCCUUCAACCUAUUCCAUCUCUCCACGUUCCCCGCUCCUGGGGAAACAGUAAUAUCCUGCUUAACCAGAACAGCAGCUCGUACCUCGACGCUGGCAAGCUUAGCCACACCCGUCAUCUUGUGGUUGCGCCGAUUUUCGACU